AUGGCCACCUCCAUGCACCCACUCCUGCUGAGCGUGUCGCUGGCCGUUCUGCUGGGUUUGACCUCACUGGGUGGACUGAGCCCUCGGUCGUCGGGUCAGGCUUUGGCCCAGGUCCCCGCCAACAACCAGACCGAGUCCUCUCUGUUGUCAGAGGUCGCCCUGGCUACGCCGACACCAGAAACCGAGGACCAAACGGUUCCAAGCGACGGCAAAAGAUGCUGGGGUUACUAUGAUGUCAUGGGCCAGUGGGACCCCCCCUUCAACUGCAACGCGGGCAUCUACCUGUUCUGCUGCGGCUCCUGCUUCUACCGCUUCUGCUGCCAGUUCAAAAUUCACAGUUUGGACCAGACGUCCUGUUCCAACUACGACACGCCCGUGUGGGCUAACACCGGGAAACCGGCGGAACCCGUCACAGAGGUCCACGAGGAACCAGACCGGGAUCGGACCCACAUGAUCGUGUAUAUUAUCUGUGGAGUGGUGGCCAUCAUGGUGUUGGUCGGGAUUUUCACCAAGCUGGGGCUGGAGAAAAGCCAAGGAGGACAGACAGACAUGACCAACUCCAGGACUCUGACGGAGCUUCUGAAGCAGCCGGGGGAGGCGGGGGUGGUGGACGGAACCGGGGUUCAUCAUCCGAUCGGCACCAACGGCAUCUCGGCCAGGGCGCUGCGCUCCAACAACGAUCACAACCAUUUGAACAACGCAGCUUUGUCUCCCCUGGGUCCAGCCAUGGCCUUGUCUCACCCUCACAACAACCUGGGAAUUGGUUUCAACAAGUACACAUCGCUCAAGGCUGUGGACACGACCCCGAGAGACUACUACAAGAGCUACCCGAUGGUCGACUACACCCACCGCCAGUCCCCUCCCACUUUCCAGCCAAUCAACUUCCAUCCCAAGGACAAGCCCUUCCUCCCGCCGCCUGACAUCCACGCGCCGCUGGCCAUCACCAUCAACACGUCUCAAAUCCCCAAGCCCAAGAUCGCCAAGACCAACACGCAUCCGCUGACCUCCAGCUCGGCCUUCAAAGUAUGGGACCCCAGUAAGAGCCAUGCCCCCCACCCGGUGGCCACCCACAUGCAGCAGCAGCACCAGCACCAGCACCACCCCAUCCAGCAGCUGCAGCAGCUGCAGCAUCAGCCGCUGCACCAGCAGACCAACCGGCGCCAGGCCUACUCCAACAAGAGGCAGUUCAGCAUCGAGACGCUGCCCGAGCUCUUCUCGCAGCCGCUGGGCUACGGCCACUCGCCGCGCAUGCCCCCCAAGCACAAGGGCCUGGCCACCAACAGCAAGACAGAGGUCACUGUCUGA